GCUUAGUGACGUGAUCCGAGAGAUUAUGGAGCACAUCAAUAACUUCUCGCGACAGCGGGGCCGAAUGAUCGAGUUUCGGGAGCUGCUUUACGGUUACAUGCGGGUUAACAGUUUGUAUGGGCAGGAUCUAAUACUGGACCUACUGCUGGUGUACAAAAAAUAUCGCGGCAAGAAGAUGACCGUUCCGGUCCGGCGCCACCUCUACAUCCAGCGAUCAUUCACGGAAAUUCGGGUGCGCGAAAUCACGGCACAAAACACGCCUAGUCAAGCGUCUGCCAACCAGGCAGAGCACAUACCAUCUGUGAACCUAACAAAACUACCCCGAGAUCCGGCGACCAGCUUCGAUCGCAUUUCGCACCGCGUGAAGACUCUGUUCAGUGAGCUCGAGCGGCUAACGGACAACAUAGGCAGCAGUGUGAAAGAGAAGGAGCCAAAGGACCGUAUUGUCUUCAUCUUGCCCCUAUCCGGGCGCUCGGAAACCUUUAGGCGGUUUCUGCGUAACUACGAGGAGGUUGCGCUACGGCUUGAGGAUCAGCGAACGGAUCUACUGGUUGCCUUGUACGUGGAAGCGCCGGAAUCGUCGGAACUUAUUGCACAGCUAUCGAAUUUGAGGGCGCGCUAUCCGGGUAGUCGCAUCAACCAUUUGCCCCUGACGGGCAAUUUCUCUCGCGGCGUGGCACUUGAUCGGGCAAUACGGUCGUCCUACUGUGCGCCCGAUGACAUCAUGUUUUUCAUCGAUGUUGAUAUGAUUUUCACCGCGCACUCGAUCGAUCGCAUCCGGCAUAAUGUGAUCCGGGGCCGCCAAAUUUAUCUGCCAAUCGUGUUCAGCGAAUAUGAUCCGCUGACGAUGGGCCGGUUGGUCGAAACGCAAAUGGUCGGACAAAGUCCUACAGUGGGUUAUACGUUGCCCCUGACAAAUUCAUCCCUCCCGACACUGCCUGCCAACUUCUCACUGCCGUACAGGAUCACGGAUGAGAACGGAUACUUUCGGCAGUUCGGUUACGGGUUGGCGGGCAUUUACAAGGCUGAUCUGCAGCGGCCGGACCUGAAGGGUUUUAGCACCGAUAUUACCGGCUGGGGCUUGGAGGAUGUCGUGUUCAUCGAGAAUGUGAUCGCGCUGAAUCAGCGGGGAAACCAGCGGCUGGUGGCCAUCGCCGAUGGCCGUUGGGAUCCGUUCCGUAUGCGAACGAGUGGCACAUCUUCGUUGAAUUCGAAGCCCUCCUCCUCCUCUUCCUCCUCCUCGAUAGCCACCGGUCCAUCAUCGACACAGCACAACCCCACGGUUCCGCCAACCGUUAACGGCGGUGAAGAACUGAGCAUCUUCCGGGCACCGGACCCGUCGUUGGUGCACAUUUUCCAUCCCAUUCAAUGUGAUACGAACCUAGAGGAAGCUCAGUACAAGAUGUGCCUCGGCACUAAGGCGAACACUCUAGGUAGCUUAAGGACACUGGAUGCCCACUUUAGUCACAAUCCGGCGUUGCUAGUGUUUGCGCGUUCACAGCCGGGCCGGGCCAGCGCUUAAACCCUUCACUCCCGGUGCCAUCGAAGCGCGAAGAAUUGAUCAUUUUCGGGCUACCCUCGCCAUCAUCUUUUUUUUUUCUUAACGUAUGAUUCCAUUUUCCAUAGGCUCAUUACACAAUCACUCCGACUUGAGAAUCACACAGCCUGCUCCAAGGCCGCCGGUCUCUUAUGACAAGUGCUCUUUGCUUUUUGAGCAUUAAAAAGGAAAAACUAGUAAGGCCUACAUAAAAAGGCCUUAAGGACUUAAGCUAAUGCCAAAUUGUUGUCACGGAGAGCCCGUCGUACAACUGCCGUGUUGCGGGAAAAAG